AGGGCCAGACCAGCCUGUGGAGACAGCCUUAUAAGUAGGGUUGAGGGAACUGGCUAAGGACAGACAGUUGUUCCGGAAAACAAACAAAACUUUUGGAGAAGCCAGAGAAAGCAGGCCAGGCACAAUGGCUACCUUGCCCCCAGCAGCCAGCCCCUUCCCACAGCCCCUAAGCCUGGAGGAGGAAGAUGUCAUCCUGGAUACGUAUGACCUGUACAGCUUGGCCCAUCCUUACCUGGCAGGCAGAGGCCGGAAAGGUCGCACCAAGAGAGAAGCUGCUGGCAACACCAACCGCCCCAGCCCUGGUGGACAUGAGAGGAAACUGCUGACCAAGUUCCAGAACUCGGAGAAGAAAAAAGCCUGGUGCUGAGACAGAGCUAUAGAUGAGGCCAGAUCACGGAAGCUAAACCCAACGAUGGAAACAGGACACCACACUCAGCAAUAGACAGCACCAUGGAGAAAUUGGGACCUGGGGCAGGAUGCAGGCCUGCUUGCCUCCCACCCCAUCCUCAGCACUCACCCCACCUGAGUGAGGCUCUGAGAGGGGGCACUAAAAAAGUACCUCCAAGUCCAGCAAAAGGACUGGUUAGGAGCAAGAAGCAGGGGAUGGACAGGCAGAGCCAGGAAGGCACCCCAAAAAGAAACGCAGGAGAAUCCAGACACCAGGGUGGCAGCCGCAAUAAACAGUCCAGCUGCUGCAGCUUU